AUGCGGAGCCGGGAUGAGGUGCGUGUCGCUGCCUGUUGUGUGUCUUCGGUGCGUCGAUCUGACUUUAAACCGACAAAAAAAGAAAUCAGACUGCGUGGAAGAAGAAGAUUCAAGUCACGCUCCGGCUGUGGAUGAAGGUGCGGACGGAUGAAAGUGGAGAGAAAGUGAAUGUAGAGGGACUUUUGUUGGAGACUCGACUCCGGACUGCAGCUCGCCGGUUCUUUGUGCGGCGAGUUGCAGCUUUAUCCUUUUGAGCAGAAAGGCCUCCAAGAUAGAUUCCCUCAGGAGUAAAGUGGACUUGCUGCGCCUCCCUUUGGCCCUCUCUUCUAAGUCCAUCAACAACUGCAAGACCCAGUUGGGCGUGGCCUGGGAGAAGGGCGGUGGCUCGGGGACGGGAGUGGCCUGGAAGCUCCGCCCACCGCCGGCCUCUGACAUGGACAACGAGUCGACGUACUCGGGCUACUCCUACAAGUCGUCCCACUCACGAAGUUCUCGCAAACACAGAGAGAGGAGGGACAGGCAUCGCUCAAAGAGCCGCGACAGCAGCAUCCGUGCAGACAAAUCAGUGAUCAUCCAGCCACCAGGCGAACCGCUGCUGGACGCUGAGUCCACCAGAGGAGAUGACCGGGAUGAUAACUGGGGCGAGACCACCACAGUGGUCACCGGCACCUCCGUGGACAGCAUCUCCAACGAGGACCUGACACGGAUCUCAAAGGACUUGGAGGACUCUUCGCCACUCGAGUGCCGCCGUUACCUCAGCCCAGCCUUAGGAGCCAUUCUGGGGCUCUUCUCCCUGAUCACUCCUCUGGCCUUCUUGGCCCUCCCACAGCUCCUGUGGCGGGAUACACUGGACCCUUGCGGCACACCAUGCGAGGGCCUUUACAUUUCUCUGGCCUUCAAGCUCCUGAUCCUCCUCAUCUCCACAUGGGCGCUGUUUCUCCGCCCGCCAAGGGCCACUCUGCCACGCUUCUUUGUCUUUCGCUGCCUGCUGCUGGCACUGGUCUUCCUCUUCGUGGCGUCCUAUUGGCUGUUCUACGGAGUGCGGGUGCUGGAGCCCCGAGAGACGGACUACAGGGGGAUUGUGGGAUACGCAGCAUCUUUGGUGGAUGCGCUGCUGUUCAUUCAGUACCUGGCUUUGGUGCUGUUGGAGGUCAGACACCUGCAGCCUGCUUUCUGUCUGAAGGUUGUGAGGACCACAGAUGGCGUCAGCCGCUUCUACAACGUGGGACAUCUCAGCAUUCAGAGGGCAGCCGUGUGGGUUCUGGACCAGUACUACAGCGACUUCCCCGUCUAUAAUCCUGCCCUGCUUAACCUGCCCAAGUCCAUCCUCACCAAGAAGAUGUCUGCCUUCAAAGUCUACAACCUGGGGGAAGAGAACAACACCAAUAACUCCACAGGCCAGUCCAGAGCCAUGAUCGCAGCCGCUGCUCGGAGAAGAGACAACUCCCACAACGAGUACUACUAUGAGGAGGCGGAGGUGGAGCGGAGGGUCCGCAAACGCAAGGCCAGACUGGUGGUGGCAGUAGAGGAAGCCUUCACCCACAUUAAACGGCACCAGGAGGAAGACGCAGCCACAUCCUCUCCCAAACACCCGCGGGAGGUGAUGGACCCCAGAGAGGCAGCUCAGGCCAUCUUCGCCCCCAUGGCCCGGGCCAUGCAGAAGUACCUCCGGGCCACCAGGCAGCAGUCCUACCACACCAUGGAGAGCAUCAUCAACCAUCUGCAGUUCUGCAUCACGCACAAUAUGACCCCCAAGGCUUUCCUCGAGCGCUACCUCAUUGCCGGUCCCACCCUGCAGUACCUGGAUAACAGCAGGGGGCGCCAGUGGACUCUGGUGAGCGAGGAGCCGGUGACGGCCUCUUUGCGCCGAGGCCAGGUCUUCUGCCUGAGACGCCUCGACUUCUCCCUAGUCGUCACGGUAACGCCUCUUCCGUUCCUGCGGCUGGGCGAGGUGUUCAUUGACCCCAAAAGCCACAAGUUUGUCAUGAAGCUCCAGUCAGAGACGUCUGUGUAGGAGGAGGAAGAUUACUGGACAGGAAGGAGGAGGAGGACGAUGAUGAAUCAAAAAUACUAAUCUGUCAGGGUAUCGGGUUUUUUUAUACCUUUUAGUAUUACAGUUUUUUUCCAUAAUUGUUCCUCGAUAAUUGUGACAUCCAAAUAUGCAAAAGAUAAAAUAUCAUAAACAUACAGGAAGGACGAGACACAGCAGCAAAAACACCCGAUCGCUGACUUUGUUCCUCUUCUUGUUCAGUCGAAACAAACAUAAACUCAGACACUCGCCUCUGUAAAUGCUGACUGUUUACUUCUCCUAAUGCACUGAUGACUGUUUCCAGUUCCCAUCACAGGGAGGAACACUGUUUAGUAGCAUUUCCACACAAAUUCAAUGUGUUCUCUGGAUAAAAAAAAUGCUAUCCUCUGGGUAAAAAUGGACAUUUGCAGCUCGAGCCAUUUGUUCCAGAUAGCUUGGAGGAUGCCUUCUUGGUGCACAAUCAGUCGUGAGAGGCUUCACUUAACCCUCCUAUUACCUUCAAAUUUACUGACAUCUUUCAUCCGUGGGUUC